AAGGAAAGCGAUUCGAGUAUUAAGGGACUGAGGGAGUCAUAAAAAAGAAAAAAAAAGAAAGGAAGAAAAGUCUGCCUUUUUCUCUUUCUCUCUCCUCAGUUUUUCUAAUUUUAUUUAUUGGCAUUUCUCUAUCUUACUUACCGUCGCUUUCAAAUGUGGGUUUAGUCUUCGUCGUUGGGCGGACAUAAAAGGGAGAGCGGGUGCUAAGCUUUGAGUUGGUGAAUUAGUUAUAAAGGAUUUUAUUUUGCCCAUUUUUUUCAUUUGCUUUAACUCUCCCCAACUAAGAUAACCAACUUACAAUUCCUUCCAUUUAACCCUUUCUUCAGAUAAAGAGAACUUUCCAUGUGCAGUGGUUCCAAGAGCAAAGUUUUGACUGCGGAGGAGGUGAUGGAAAGUGAGGAUUACAAGAAAGAUACAAUUAGGGAUCACCAAACCUCUUUACCGUUGCUUGAAUUAUCAGCAACAAAUGAUCUAAGUAGUUUUAAGGAUGCUGUGGAGAAAGAGGGUUAUGACUUGGAUGAAGCUAGUCUUUGGUAUGGGAGGAGAGUUGGGUCAAAGAAGAUGGGUUUUGAGGAGAGGACACCUUUGAUGGUUGCUGCCAUGUUUGGCAGCAAGGAUAUCUUAAACUAUAUCCUUCAAACUAGCCUUGUUGAUGUUAAUCGGGCUAGCGGGUCUGAUGGUGCCACUGCCCUCCACUGUGCAGCAGCUGGUGGGUCGCUCUAUUCACAUGAGGUGAUUAAACUCUUGGUUGAAUCAUCUGCUAAUGUUGACCAAGUUGAUGUUCAUGGAAAUCGACCUUGUGAUGUAAUCGCUCCUUGUUUCAGUUUCUCCUCGAAAUUGAAGAGGAGAACACUUGAUAUUUUGUUGAAUAAGGGCGAUGAGGAUGAAGAUUCUAGUGAUCAAACCGAAGAGGGGAUACAAGACCUACACCUUGAGGGUUUUUCACCAAAAUCCUCAAGUGAUGGGAGUGGAUCAGAGAGGAAAGAAUACCCUAUUGAUCCUUCUUUGCCUGACAUAAAGAAUGGAAUAUAUGGAACUGAUGAGUUCAGGAUGUACACUUUCAAGGUGAAGCCUUGCUCAAGGGCUUACUCUCAUGAUUGGACUGAGUGUCCUUUUGUACAUCCCGGGGAGAACGCGAGGAGGCGGGAUCCUCGGAAGUACCAUUACAGCUGUGUUCCGUGCCCUGAAUUCCGUAAAGGCUCAUGUCCUAAAGGAGAUGUUUGCGAGUAUGCACAUGGUAUCUUCGAGUGUUGGCUACAUCCUGCCCAGUAUCGAACUCGUCUUUGCAAAGAUGAGAUUAGUUGUGCAAGGCGUGUGUGCUUCUUUGCACACAGGCCAGAGGAGCUACGCCCUUUGUAUGCCUCAACUGGUUCAGCUGUGCCUUCACCAAGGUCAUAUUCAUCGAGUGGGCCUUCUUUCGAUAUGGGUUCACUAAGCCCGCUUGCCCUUGGUUCCCCUUCUAUGUUGAUGCCAUCAACUUCCACUCCACCAAUGACUCCAACUGGUGCUUCUUCUCCCAUCGGAGGGGCAGCUGCUUGGCAGAAUCAUCUGAAUAUCACACCACCUCCUGCCUUGCAGCUACCUGGUAGCAGGUUAAAGGCUGCACUAAGUUCCAGAGAUCUUGGAAUGGAGACUGGUUUACGCAGGCAGCAGUUGCUGGAUGAGCUAGCAACUGGGGUGCUGGGAAGGCUUGGUGGUCUCUCGCUCUCCUCACCAACUGGGGUGCAGAUUCGCCAGAACAUGAACCAACAGCUCCUUUCAAGCUAUUCUUCUGGGAUGCCUUCCUCUCCUGUGAGGGGUUCAUGUUCAUCUUUCGGGAUGGAACCCGGUGGUGGCUCACCUAUUUCAAACCCAAGGUUAGCUGCUUUUGCUAACAGGAGUCAGAGCUUCGUUGAUAGGAAUGCAGUCAAUCGACUAUCUGGAGGGCUCGCAUCACCUUUUUCUCAUAUCUCAGAUUGGGGUUCCCCUGAUGGUAAAGUGGACUGGGGUGUUCAAGGGGAUGAGCUCAAUAAGUUCAGAAAAUCUGCAUCUUUCGCUUACCGUAGUAGCAAUGGCAAUAACAACUCAAUGCGGGGUCCAAAUGGCGAGCCUGAUGUUUCUUGGGUUCACUCUCUUGUAAAGGAUGCUCCUCCUGUGAACUCAUCAUCAACUCAACAUGUAUUUGAAGAACAGUAUAGUCUUAACAGUGGUAUGUUGGAGAGGAUCCCGCCUUGGGUGGAGCAAUUGUACAUGGAGCAGGAACCAAUGGCGGCUUGAUUCCUGAUGUUUAACAUUCAAUAUUAAUUUCAUAAUUACCCAAGAUUUUAGUGCUGAUAUCACCAAUUAGUAGGUUGAAGAAAUCGAAACAAGAACACCACACCCGAAGGGGAAGGGAAGUAAUAAACUGAAGCUCGGGCAGAGAAUAAAAACAGAAUUCUGCUGAUACAUUCAAUAGGAAUUCCAGGUUAUUUACAAGUAUUCUUUUUAAUUUUUCUACAUUAAUUUUAUUAAGUUAUUUCAUAUUGUUUUCUUCUUUUGAUAUAUAAUUGGGAGUCUUGGAGAUGGAUUAUUAUCAGUAUCUGCAUCCCAAGCUCUCUAUUAAGAUGGUUGCCAUGAAAAAAGAGAGAGAGGGAGGGAGAUGUACUGAUCAACCAAUUGAUUCAUACAUUUUUAUUAAUAUUAUUUAUUUUGUAUUAUACACAUGAUAUUGUAUCCUUUCUAUUUCUAAUAAAUAUAUCAAAGUUAAUUUUUUUUUUU